AUGCGCCUAUGUUAUAAUUGCAGGCAACCUGGGCACGAAUCCGUCAAUUGUCCAAGCCCCCGCAGCACUCAGGCCAAGCAAUGCUAUAUGUGUGGGGGAGUCGGCCACAUUCAAGUAGACUGUCCCAAUAACCUGCGUCCAAGUGGUGGGGGCGGAAGCGUGGGUCCUGGUCAGAAGUGUUAUAAUUGUGGUCGUCCUGUAAGCGACUCGUUUAUUCAACAUGCCGCGGGUGGGCUCGCUGGAAAUUCAGCAGCUGGAGGGGGGUUCCGUGGUGGAUCUGGUCGUGGGGCUGGGGUCAACGCUACUGUGAAGUGUUUCCGCUGCCAAGGCCCAAACCAUUAUGCUCGUGAUUGUAUGGCAGCCCCAGGAACGAUCACACUGGACAGCAAACCAAAGACAUGCUACAAGUGUCAUAAGGAAGGACACAUUGCACGCGCGUGUCCAGAAGGUGCAGAGUAUGCUACUUGA